UGCUGGCCCCGCUGGGCAGGCCCAGGGUGAGCACAGACCCAGCUGCCGGGACCAUGCAGAGGAUGCAGCUGGCACUGCCGGUGCUGGUAUUAGCGGCCUGUGGGGAGCUCGUGGCAGCUCUACAAUGCUACACCUGUCAGGAGCCCAUGAGCGUGGCCAGCUGCAUCACCAUCACCACCUGUCAUGCCAACGAGACCAUGUGCAAGACUACACUCUACUCCCUGGAGAUUGUGUACCCCUUCCUUGGGGACUCCACAGUGACCAAGUCAUGUGCCAGCAAGUGUGAGCCCUCAGAUGUGGAUGGCAUCGGCCAGACGCGGCCUGUGUCCUGCUGCAACACGGAGCUGUGCAACGUGGAUGGGGCGCCUGCCCUGGACAGCCCCCGUGGCCUGGCCUUGGUCCUCAUGCUUAUCCCCAUCUUGAGCCUCCAGCUGUAGACCCCUCCCACCCCCACAGCCCCAGCCCCCUACCCUGUGCAGCCCAGUCCCAAAUGUCCCGAAGAAGUGAUCCCGCACCAGG